AUGCUGCACGACCUCAGCCUCGUGUGGACGUCCGACACGCCGGCCGCCGAUGUGGCGAGUACGCUCGCCAUGAGCGCCGAGCUCGGCUACGACGUGGUCGCCCUCGAUCACGUCUAUAGUGGGCCUUUGCCGCCCAUCAUUACGAAUCCUUUGGAAUCUGUUGUCAAGGUAGCAACUGGUGUGAUGGGUUCCGCUGCCGCAACGACCUCGACGAGCUUAACGGCCUCAACAGCCCCAGCCCCCCGGCCGCGCAUCCUCCACCGCGCCACCAUCGUCGUCUCUGACUUCGCCGCCAACCACCGCCUCGGCGCCUUUGCCGCCGCCUACGACCUCGUCGCCCCCCGCACCUGCAUGGCCGCCGUGCGCCGCGGCCUGCACUUUGAAGUGUGCUAUUCACAGGCCCUGCGAGGCGGCACCAGCGGCGGUGGCAGCGGCGCCGGCGAUCAUGGAUCCUCGGCGUCGUCCUCGGCCGACAAGAGCGGGAGCGCCGCCCGCGCGCGGGCCCUGUUCGUGGCCAACCUGACGGGCCUGAUGCGGGCGACACGCGGCCGCGGUAUUGUCGUGAGUUCCGGGGCCCACAUCAAGGGUGGCGGCGCGUUUGAGCUGCGCGGGCCGGCCGACGUCGUGAACCUGCUGGCCGUAUGGGGCCUGCCGCCGGACCGGGGAACGGAAGCGAUGGCAGCGCUGCCGCGGAGCAUUGUGGCCAACGAAGGUCUGCGGCGGCGCGGGUUCCGGGGUGUUAUCGAUGUUGUUCAGGCAGCAGGUGGUGGCGAGGCGAUAGAGACGGCCGGCAAGCACAAGCAAGGGAAGGAGAAGGAGAAGGAGAAGCAGCAACAACAGCAGCAGCAACAAAAACAGCAAAAACAGAAACAUCAGAAAGGCACCGACCAGAAGAAGCGGAAGGCCGACGAUGGGUUGGCCAACGGUCCACCACAGGCACGGCAACAGCAGUCGAAAAAGCAGCGCAAAGGGCCAUGA